AAAUGCAGACUCUCAAAGAUCUCCCGUCCAUUUCCUCCAAAAUAAACACAACAAAAUGUGUUAAAUAAUGUGGUGGUGGCUUUUGGGCUUGUUUUUAUCGGUUUUAGUGGGUUUUAGUCACACAAAUCCCGACGCAAAACGCCUCUACGAUGACCUCUUGAGCAAUUAUAACCGAUUAAUAAGACCAGUUAGUAAUAACACUGAUACGGUCCUGGUCAAAUUGGGAUUAAGACUAUCACAACUCAUUGAAUUGAACCUGAAAGACCAAAUCCUGACCACAAACGUGUGGCUCGAGCACGAAUGGCAAGACCAUAAGUUUGUCUGGGACCCUGACGAGUAUGGAGGUGUCACAGAACUGUAUGUUCCAUCGGAACAUAUCUGGUUGCCAGAUAUUGUUCUCUACAACAACGCUGAUGGGGAAUAUGUGGUCACUACAAUGACCAAAGCUGUGUUGAGACACACAGGGAAGGUUUUAUGGACACCACCGGCGAUUUUUAAGUCCUCGUGUGAGAUUGAUGUGCGGUAUUUCCCCUUUGACCAACAGACGUGUUUUAUGAAGUUUGGGUCGUGGACCUACGAUGGGAAUCAGAUCGACCUCAAACACAUCAACCAAAAAGUGGGCGAAGACAAGGUCGAGGUGGGCAUCGACUUGCGCGAGUACUACCCCAGCGUCGAAUGGGACAUUCUGGGAGUCCCCGCUGAACGUCACGAGAAAUACUACCCUUGUUGUGCUGAGCCAUACCCAGAUAUCUUCUUCAACAUAACACUCCGUCGAAAAACACUCUUCUACACCGUCAAUCUCAUCGUCCCUUGUGUAGGAAUCUCCUAUUUAUCCGUUUUGGUGUUUUAUUUACCCGCCGAUUCUGGCGAAAAAAUCGCCCUUUGUAUCAACAUCCUCCUCUCCCAAACCAUGUUUUUCCUCCUCAUCUCCGAAAUCAUCCCUUCGACGUCCCUCGCACUCCCACUCCUGGGCAAAUACAUCUUGUUUACCAUGGUCCUGGUCGCGUUAUCGGUCGUCAUCACCAUCAUCAUCCUCAAUGUCCAUUACCGCAAACCCAGCACCCAUAAAAUGGCCCCAUGGGUGCGCAGUUUUUUCAUCAAGAGUGUCCCGAAAUUGCUGUUAAUGCGCGUCCCCAAAGACCUCCUAACUGAAUUAGCCGCCAAUAAAAUCUCCACUUGUCGAAUGGUUAUGAAAAAAAGAGAAUUGGAGUCAAUGCCUUCGGGUGGUUCCUCGUCGACGAGCUCGUCGAGCUCGUCCAGGAACCGCGCAAGUGGUUGCAAUGGUUUGCAUUCGAGUUCGACCACCAACCGACUCCGGGGGUUCACCGGAGCGUUGGGGAGUCGGUUAGGUUAUAACGGGUUGCCGUCGGUGUUUUCCGGGCUGGAUGAGAGCGACUCCGGGACGAGGAAAAAGUAUCCGUUUGAGUUGGAAAAGGCGAUACAUAAUGUCAUGUUUAUUCAACAUCAUAUCCAGAGACAGGACCAGUUUAAUGCGGAAGAUCAAGAUUGGGGCUUCGUGGCCAUGGUCCUGGACCGUCUCUUCCUCUGGAUCUUCAUCAUCGCCUCAAUCGCGGGCACUUUCGCAAUUCUAUGUGAAGCCCCCGCGUUGUACGACGACACGAAACCCAUCGACAUGGAACUAUCGUCAGUAGCCCAACAACAAUUUCUACCUGAAUUAGACUUCUAACGCAAUAAGUUCGAAUCACACACGUCAAUAUACUACAUUGUAUCGUUAGUUGUAUUAAAAUAUAAUAAUAAGAGGAAAUUACACCUGAAAUUGUGACUAAGCGUUUUUCGUGUCAUUGAAGCGAAUAAAUUUAACCGA